AUGCCGUUGACUAUCCUCUCUCAGGCACAGCUCCGCUCUCUCCUGCUGUCGCUGACCCGCGAUGAGAUUAUAUCGCUGCAACAAAACUUAGCGCAGGCGUUGCGAGAAUACUCGACGGGAAACCAGGAACAGGGCUGCUCUGCUACCUAUCAGCCCCAGAGAACUGCAAUCACCCGCAAGAAUGGCUCCACAACGCUUUUUAUGCCCGCCAGUACCGGCCGCACCAUCGGCAUGAAAAUGAUCUCGCUCCAGGAUGGGGGCACCGCGGGGUGUGCUGUAGAAACCGGUUUGGAUAUAUCCGAGGCUGGUUCCCGAGACACCUCCCCGCAAGGCAGCGUGACACUACUUGACGAGCAAAGCAUGCCAUUUGGGCUGAUCAAUGCGCACGAGCUCACUCCAUUCCGCACUGCACUAACGUCUACAAUGAUCUUCAACAAACGCAAGCGAGUGCGCACAGUGGUAGUCUUCGGGGCAGGCAAGCAGGCUUACUGGCACAUCCGACUGGCACUGACAUUGCGGGGAUCGGAAAUCAAACGGGUCUUCAUCAUUAAUAGGUCUUUCGAUCGGGCAGCAGAACUUCUGCGAGACAUUUAUUCACCGGAGAACUCUAGUUGGCGCGGGGACGUGAAGUUCUCGGCUGUUAGUAGCGACUUCGUCGAGUACUCACGCAUCUUGCAGGACGCCCUGAACAAAGCCGAUGCGAUCUUCUGCUGCACCCCUUCCAUUCAGCCACUCUUUCCUGGGGAGAUACUCACGUCACACGAAGCCCGCCGCAAAGGCCGACUGAUCAGCGCGAUUGGUUCAUACAAGCCACACAUGACGGAGUUGCCCCCAGAGAUCAUACGUGACGAGGUUAAGGCACACGGUUCGCAUCGGCAUUUCCACAAACACGUCAAGCGUAGCGGGGUUGUGGUUGUGGACAGUCUUGAGGCAGCAUUGAAGGAGGCCGGAGAGCUGAUUCAAGCCGAGAUCAAGCCGAAUCAGGUUGUCGAGCUGGGCGAGUUGUUGAUGGUGCGCUGUGCUGCCCAAGAUAAGGACCAAGAGACCGACGAUGGUAAAAGCUUACGCGAGUGGGCUGAGCGAGGCAAUGUGAUUUUCAAGGGGGUGGGGUUGGGAUUGAUGGACUUGGUCACUGGCGGUGAUCUCGUUCAGCUGGCGCGGCAACGGAAUAUCGGGACCAUGGUGGAAGAAUUCUGA